AUGCAUAUGCCUUCUGGGGCUACGAUUCGGUCGGGCCCUCAGCAACCACCGCAGCCUCCUGCUCCCGAAAACGCUGCGUCACCUCCGAACAAGCGGGACUUGAAGUCAUGGUGGAAGGGUUUCAAGCUGCCUACAACUCCAGAAGCGAGGCCCCAGGGCAUUUUCGGCGUUCCCCUCCGUCAGAGCAUCACCUAUGCGAACGUCGCCAUCUCGCUCAUUGACGAGAAUGGAAGCAGCUACAUUUAUGGAUACGUGCCAAUUGUUGUGGCCAAAUGUGGUGUCUUCCUCAAAGAAAAAGCCACCGAGGUCGAAGGUAUCUUCCGUCUGAACGGAUCGGAAAAACGAAUCAAGGAACUGAAGACGCAAUUCGACUCGCCCGAUCGAUAUGGCAAGGGCCUGAUAUGGGACGGAUACACGGUUCACGAUGCUUCCAACGUGUUUCGGCGAUAUUUAAACGACCUCCCCGAGCCCGUCGUUCCCUUAGAUCUCUAUGAAAAAUUCCGCGAACCUUUACGGGGUGCGACGAAACAGGCGAGCGGUGAUGCCGAGGGGCCGCAAUUCGUCGAGGACUUUGACGAACAGGGCGCCAUCGCCAGGUACCAGCGGCUCAUUACAGAACUACCGCCCCUCAACCGACAGCUAUUGCUCUACAUUCUCGACUUGCUUGCUGUCUUCGCGGCCAAAUCGGAACAAAAUCGCAUGAACUCGCAAAAUCUCGCUGCCAUUUUCCAGCCUGGAAUGCUGUCACACCCCGACCAUGCCAUGGCCCCAGAGGAGUAUCGACUAAAUCAGUGUGUGUUGAUUUUCUUGAUUGAGAAUCAGGACCACUUCCUCAUCGGAAUGCAAGGCACGGCCGCCGAUGAAAAGACGGUGCAGGAGGUUCAGCAAGGCACGCCAGCCCCCGCCGACACAAACUCUGCCUCUCCGUCGACGCCAACACUUGGUGGCCAGCACUCAAACCUGGGUGUCGCGUCUCUUUCGCCCGCCUCCGCCGCUACUGCCGGUAGGAGCCAGGAGAAGCUUUUGGAGCCCCCUCUGAGUUCCCUAUCGCUUGCUAGCGGUAGCGGUAAACCCCGGAAGAGCUUCACCAAUGAUAGCUCGGAUCCCGCAACCUCCCUUGUCGAAACGCAAUUGACGCAAGAGUCUGGAAGCAGCCAGAAAGAGAGAUCGGAAUCUGGCAAAGAGGAGACGACGAAGAAUCCGAUCGGAUGGAUAAGGAACAAAUACCGUGAAGCCAAGGAAACGCACGAACAACGCCGGAACAAGUCUCCGCCCGCAGACAAUAAGCAGGCUUCAUCAAGCACAAGCCGGCUAUCCCUUCGUGGCAAGAGCUUUGAUCUCAGGCGUGAAGACGAAAGACAAGGCAGUCAACCGCAGCCGAGCCUCCCGCCUCCGGUUGUGGCUGUCGUGGAACCACCGCCAACACAACCUGCCCAGCCUCCGGCGCAAGUUGGUGCGGUUGUUCAGCCAGACGUUGCUGCCUUUCCCGACCAACAAGCACAGCCGGAGAUGCAAGCUCGCCCGCAGGCCGAGCCUGAAGCAGCCCAUAAAACACCACUGGUGGCCGAGCCUACGCAAGCGGAUGCCCCUUCUACGCGCCCGGAAUGA